AUUCGUAGUACGCGCACGAUCCCUACCGGCCGCCGGGAAGAUCUGCAACCGGUACGCGGCAACAUGCCAUCUCUUCUCUUCCGACUUGUGCGAGCCUUGUUGAAUUUGGUCAAGCAAACAUUGUACCCAGCCGCGAAGCCUGGACGUGGCGUCUCCGUCCUUCGCGGUGGCGACGCCGGCUUCAAGAGGCCGGCGGUGCUCACCUGCCCCCGCUACAUCAUCUCCGUGAUCUGUGAAUUCGCCAUGUUGAUCUGCACCAUCGGGACGGUGUGCUACUACUUCACCUACGAUUUGCCACCUGAGUUCUCCGUCCACUUGACGCCGAUCCCGAGUAACAGCAGCGUGGGGGCUGCGGCCGCGACGACGUCCAUCCCCCGGUCCUUCGACGUCGUCCUGCACGCCAGCAACCGCCGCGCUACGGAGAGGUGCCACCACCACGGGGUGGGAGUGAUGACGUACGGCGGCUACACCGUCGCGUCGGGCCACACGCCCGACUUCUGUGUGCCGCGGAAGGGGGCGCGCGGGGUGCCGUUCGAGCUGGCGUGGGACUGGGACGACGGCGUUUACCUGCCCGAGCACCUGCGCGGCCGCAUCGCGGCGGCGGAGAGAGUCUGCGCCGUGGAGUUCGAGGUUCAGGUGAGGCUCCUCCAGGGAGGCGACGCCCGCUCCGGCACGGGCACGCCGACGUGGAUGUGGUGCAAGGCGGGGAUCGGUGGGGCGCCUGGCGCCGUCACGCCCUGCACCGUGUUCGCUCCACAGAACUGGUUUUCGCCCCUGGCUUAGCCGCCUCGGUGUCGCCAUGUAUGAUUUUUUGCUUUUCCUGGCGCACAAGUGUCCCACAACGCCAGCCAACCCUUGUGUCAGCUGUCCAGUUUUCACUCUUUUGAUGGCCAUUUCUAGCUAGGUGAUAGGCUGUUUUAUAGCAAUGAUUUCCAAUGUAAUUUCUCUAGGAAACUAGCCGUGUGAUUUCAUCUGAAAGAAGAAGUUGUGUGAUUUUGGUAAGCUGCUUUCGAACCGUAGAGAGGCGUGGAACUACCUUUUCUCUCUUUGUGAUUGAGCGGAGUU